AAUGCGCGUAGUCGGGACUGGAGCCUGUGAUAAGUCUCUCUGUUCCUGUCAAGAACACAGCUGAGCGAUGACUCAGUUGUCAGCGGCUGUGAAAUAGAUCCAGUUGUUGCUAUAUGCCCCAUUAAUCUGGAGGAGAAUUAAACAAAUUAGAUAUUGAUCUCGAGCGGAUCGUAUAUCAAACAGACGGGGAAGUAUUGAUUUAUACCAUCUUGGACUAGUCCUUGAACGGAAUAUUCCUAUAUCUAGAUUCUACAGGAAGGCUGUUUUGAUGUCUGCGCAGCGGGAGUCUCUAUGGCUGUGUGGACACAUCACUCUGGGCUACGGGCUCUUUCUCCUGGUCGCCCUUCCAGACCUCACCACAGGCAGGCAAGGGAACUGCAGCCACCCACUGGUGCCAGAACACGGGGGCUUCCGCUGCGAGCCCUCCCCCUGCCGAGGCUUCCCCCAGAAGAGCUUGAUCUACUACUUCUGUGAGCCCGGCUACACCAUCCCAAAAGAGGUGCACAGCUCGUGCUGCCGCCACGGCAAAUGGAUCCCGAGCGUGCCCACCUGUCUGUCCACAGCAGACAGACAUGUUAACUAUGAGGACCAGGUGGCCCACUCACUCCCUAGCGUUGCCACGACGGCGGUGGGCGUGUCCAUAUUCCUUCUCACCACCACGGCCUGCUUGGUGAUCAAGUCCCGCCUUUUUCCCUGUCACUCACACAGCAGGCGCUCCUCUGACCAGAUGGAUCUGAUGGUGGAUGGCCUGCCUGUGUCUCUGCCCACCUAUGAGGAGGCUGUCUAUGGGAGCUGGGGGCAACACCUGCCCCCCUGCAGAGGGCCCACCCAGCUCCUAUUGGCCCAGGAGGCUCCAGGUCCAUCAUUAGCUCACAACCAAUCAGAUUCCAGUAACCUUAUCCCUCAAUCCAAUCAAAGCCCCGAGAUCCUUCCGCCCCCUUACGAGGAGAUCCAAUCCCGUCCCAGAGAGAGUCAGAGUGAGGUGGACGUGCGGGCCAUACAAGUUGCACUUCCCGAUGACAAGGACAUUUGAGUGACUGGCGUAUUUAUGUUACCCACCAAUGAUGUACUGACUUGUAAAAUCAUGUGCUCAGGCACUUGCAGGUGGGGCAAAAAAAGUAUUUAGUCAGCCACCAAUUGUGCAAGUUCUCCCACUUAAAAAGAUGAGAGAGGCCUGCAAUUUUCAUCAUAUGUACACUUCAACUUUGACAGACAAAAUUAGAAAAAAAAUCCAGAAAAUCACAUUGUAGGAUUUUUUAUGAAUUUAUUUGCAAAUUAUGGUGGAAAAUAAGUAUUUGGUCACCUACAAACAAGCAAGAUUUCUGGCUCUCACAGACCUGUAACUUCUUCUUUAAGAGAGUCCUCUUGUCCUCCACUCGUUACCUGUAUUAAUGGCACACCUUGCACAAUUGGUGGCUGACUAAAUACUUUUUAGCCCCACUGUAUAUGGAUUCAAGCCUACCAGCAUGGAUCGACUUUCUUUUCAGGUUUCAACCUUAUACAUAGCACACCAGUUCUGAUUGGCUGUUGGUAAUGUUAUGAGACGUUUCCUGCCAUGGAGACAUGGUUUAUAUCCCAUCAGUGAUGGGACCUGAGCCUCGUUUGUUGAGGUGACUUUGGUAAUGAUAUUACUGUUACAUCACAGGGACCUGCGUGUCCUUUUUGUUGGUUUAUGAUUUGCGAUGAUGGCAGAGUUGUAGCGUUGAUAUAGAAACCAGCAGACCGACCCUGUUCCCGCCUUGCACCUCUCCCCUAUCUGCUUUGAAUUACUGACCAGAAUUUGGGGAGGGUUUGGGGUAGAAACCCACAGGAUGUACUUAUUUGUUAUAGACAUUGAAUGUAGUUGUUUCUCUUUUUCUUUUCAAUAGAAAAAAAUGUAAUGGAUGUAUGUAAUGUAACAUUUACAUAAUAUUGCAAUUAUUGCAUUGCACAGAAGAUUAAACGUCAACAUUGUUUCUAAUUGUAAAA